AUGGAGGAUGGGAAAUUCUGGGCUCCCCCGUCAGACACAAGCAGCACCCCAAAAGACCACAAAGGAACCCAUGAAUGCUCAGAGUGUGGGAAAUCAUUUGAUUUUCAGUCCCUCCUUUUGACCCACAGGAAGGUCCAUGUGGGAAAUGGAUCCAGUCAAGAUUUGGAGGAAGAGAAAUCCUUCUCUGGAAAAGACGCCAAAGUUCUCAGAAGUCCCCCAAGACUAAAACCCUAUAAAUGCGUGGAAUGUGACUUAUGCUUUGAUCAAAAAUCAAACCUUCUUACACAUCAGAAAAUCCACACAGGAAAGAAACCUCAUCAAUGUCCGGAAUGUGGGAAAUUUUUCGGUCAAAAAGCCGACCUCAGAAACCACGAGAGGAUUCACACAGGGGAGAAACCUUACAAGUGUUGGGAAUGCAGGAAGAGCUUUUUUUACGAGUCAGGUCUUCGGCGCCAUGAGAAGAUUCAUUUGGGAAUAAAGCCUUACAAAUGUUUUGAGUGUGGGAAUUGUUUCACCCGGAAAUGUGAGAGACGAUUUGUGGAUUCUUCUGAACUUCAGACACACCAGAAGAGGCACAAGGGGGAGAAACCCUAUCAGUGUGGGGAGUGUCGGAAACAGUUUCUUACUCAAGGAGAGAUCCAGAUUCAUGAGAGGAGCCACACGGGGGAGAAGCCGUACGAGUGUGGGGAGUGUGGGAAAUGCUUCUCCACAAAACAACAUCUUGGAAGGCAUCAGAGGGUCCACACAGGAGAGAAGCCUUACAGAUGCGUAGAAUGUGGAAAAUGCUUUCGAUUCGUGGGAGACCUUUCAAUACAUCAUAGAACCCACACAGGGGAGAAGCCAUAUCAAUGCAACGAAUGUGGAAGAUUUUAUCGUAGCUCAUCAGCCCUUAGAAGUCAUGUGAAGAUUCACACAGGGGAAAAAAGCUACAAAUGUUUAGACUGUGGGAAAGCAUUUGCUCAUUCAUCUCGCUUUAGAAGUCACAGCCGAAUCCAUACAGGAGAGAAACCUCACAAAUGCUCAGAGUGUGAUAAAUGUUUUUCACGGAAAGAUUCUCUUGUGCUGCAUCAACGAAUCCACACUGGAGGAAAAAAUGUCUGCAAUGUGGGAAAUGUUUUGCCCAACCUUCAGAACUUUGCAGAAAUCACGCAGGAGACUGGCAUCACAAGUGUGCAGAGAGUGAGAAAUUUUUUCAUUGUAAAUCAGAACUAA